AUGGUCGAGGAGUGGUUGCCCCUUCGGGAUGACUUUCUCGAUGAGCUCCUCCGCUUCUCCGGCUCAGAGUAUCUUGACGGACACAACCAUGUCAAGUGCCGCAUCUGCGAGGAACCAGCUACUUUCCGGUGCGCUGACUCGUGCAGCUCUCGACGCAUGUACUGCAAGUCUUGCGCACUAGCGCGGCAUGCGGAUUUGCCGCUCCACAUCCUCGAGAUGUGGGAUGGCAUAACGUUUGUCAAGGUCGACUUGCGCACCCUCGGAGCCGAGGUUCAGCUAGGUCACGACGGCGAUCCGUGCCCGAAUCCGUGCCAGAACACACGCCGUCUCGUCGUAGUCGAUAUCGAUGGUAUACACCAAGUUCAAGUACGCUUCUGUGAAUGUCUCGACCCCAAUGACACCUUUGCUCUCGAAUGGGUGCAAGUGUUUCGGCAAGGAUGGUUUCCGGCGACCACUCUCAAGCCCGCGACUGCAGCCACAUUCCGACUCCUCGACUUCUUCCAGACUGGCCCAUUGUGUCAGACUUUGGCGAAUCUCGUCGCCUCAAGCGCGCAGCCGCGCUCACGAUCCAGCAGGUAUAACGGCCACUCGCCCGGGGAACUCGCCGUUGAAUGUCCUGCUUGCCCUCACCCCGGCAAGAAUCUCCCUGACGACUGGGCAUCUGCGCCCGAUGACGUCAAGUAA